GAUUUUGAUAAAAUAAUACAAUUAUUGUUUAUAUUUAACUAUAAAAUAUAAAUACAAAUAUAAUGAUUGAAUGAUUGACUUAAUUAUUGAUUAUAAUUGAAAAUCAUUUGUUUAGUGAUUCAGUCAUUUAUUUGAGUAUUUUGUGGUCAAUAUUAAUGAGCCUUAAGUUUGAUACCAAUUGAUGAUUAAGAACAAUGGUAUUAAGUGAUAGUUUAUGUGAAGUGACGACAGCAGUCAAUACGUUGUCGACAUUGACGACAACAGCAUCGAUGAGUGGUGUUAUAAGUAGUGGUCGAGGAAGUAGUGGUAUGUCUGAUAGGAUCACAUUAGUGGUGGAAAAUACACGGUUUGUGGUCAGUCGUGAUUUGUUUACUUCGAGAAAGGAAACGAUGUUAUACUCGAUGUUUCACUCGUCUGCAAGUCUGACAAAAGCCAAUCCAAAGGGAGAGUUCGAGUUCGAGGGCUUUUCGGCCACAGUUUUCAAGACAAUACUUGAGUACUACAAGACAGGACUUAUCAAAUGUCCUCCCAGUGUGACAGUGCCAGAGCUUAGGGAGGCCUGUGACUACUUUCUCAUCCCUUUUGAUGCAUCGACUAUUAAAUGCCAUAAUUUAAGAGGACUACUACAUGAGCUGAGCAAUGAAGGCGCCAGAAGUCAGUUCGAGAAGUUCGUCGAAGAGAGGAUUUUGCCAGAAAUGGUUACUUCAGCCAAACGUGGCGACAGAGAGAGUCAUAUCGUAAUACUUUUGAAUGAAGAUGUGGUCGAUUGGGAUGAAGAAUAUCCGCCACAAACCGGUGAAGAAUAUUCACAGAUUAUAUACUCAACACCUAUGUAUCGGUUCUUUAAAUACAUAGAAAAUCGUGACGUUUCUAAACAAGUACUUAAAGAAAGGGGACUUAAAAAAAUUAGACUCGGAAUUGAAGGGUUUCCGACACAUAAAGAGAAGAUUCGUCGUCGACCGGGUGAUCGUCGACCAGAAGUGAUCUACAAUUACGUCCAAAGACCUUUCAUACGGAUGUCCUGGGAAAAGGAAGAAGCAAAGUCAAGACAUGUCGACUUUCAAUGCGUUAGAUCUAAAUCUAUAACUAACUUAUCAGUUGAUGGCAUUGAAAGUAUUGAACAAAAUGUUAACAAUGAAUUGAUUGGUGUCGUUGCUGUCGAUGAAAUAGCAAUUGGAGCCAUUGGUGGUGCGGCUGCAUCUCUUCCUCCAGCUUCUGGACUUUCAAAUGAACCUCCAGUGCCCUCUGAAACAAACACUGAGCCUAAAAAAGGUCCAAAUGCUGACUAACUAAUCAAUUGCUCAAAUCAUUAACAAAUAAUUAUAUGGUUUUCUCGAUUGCAUUUUUAUAUUUCUUUACACAAUUUAUUGCUUGAAAAAAACAAGCAUUUUUUAAUGUGUUGUCAAACAAGCUUUGAAUCAUACAUUUUAAUUGCAAUAAAUUUUAAUUU